GCAGCGCGCCGUGCUUACUGCGGCACUAUUGAUCAAAGCCCCUAUGAGACGCAGGAAAACCAGCAGCGCGGCACAUGGCCUGAUGACAUCAUGCUCCAGUAUCAUUCCCCUCCCUCCCUAGCCCAUUCUUUUCUCUUUUCACUCUUUCUCAGUUUCUUCCCUCACUCAUUUCUCUCCCCAUCUCUUUCUCAAUCCCCCCUUCGCUGGAGCUCACCUCAUGACCCCUGCUACCACCUGGAUGGGAGUGCACGACACUGCCUGUCCGAUUUUAUUAAUGCUGCUUACGGUGUGCCUGUACGGGCUGAAGACCUGCAUCAAGGGACUGAGAGAAAUAUCAGCAGCCUGACUGACCUUCAUAAUCCCCAUAAUCUGACCUGCUGGAAAGCUUCAGAAAGUUCAGUCACUGCAGACUGGACCUUUACCGUUCCCCUAGGCAGACGCUUUGAGGUCACAUACAUCAGCUUACAGUUCUGCCAGCAGGUGGAGCCCAUUGAUCCUUUCUCUAUUUCUAUCCUAAAGUCAAUGGACUAUGGACGCAGCUGGCGUCCCCUGCAGUUCUACUCCAGUGACUGCAUUGGGAGAUUCGGUCUCCCCGCUCAGUCUGUCGCUCUUAGCAGACACCAGGAGACUGAGUCUUUGUGCUCGGAUCCAAGGCCUUUACAGAAACACCGUGGUGGGGUUGUUUUGGCUUUUUCCACUCUAGAUGGACGCCCUUCCUCCUCUGAUUUCGAAUACAGUCCUGGCCUACAGGACUGGGUGACAGCCACUGAUAUCAGGAUAGUGUUUCAUCAAUCACAGGAUAAAUCAGUCAAGCAGGAAAAGAAGCCAGAUGAGGUGGGCGGGGUUCUGAAAUGGCCAGUGAGGUCAUUUGAUGAAAUGACUCAAAGUGAAAAACAAAGAGCAGAGAAUGCAUGGAUUAAAAGUGCUGAAAUAAGGAGACACAGGAAAGGGGAAAAAAUAGAAAAAUCAUCAAGAAGAAACCGCAACAAGAGUUCCUCACAAGAAACUGGACACAAUGUGACCCGCAAACAGACGGAGACUCAAGAAGGCAGAGGCAAAGGACAGGGCCAUAAGAAAGACACAUCUCAGUGGAAGCCAUGCCAGGAUGGUGUGUGUGAUUGGAUGAUAGAAAGUCAGAGGCAAAGUUCUAAGAGGAAGGAGUUGAGGAAGCGGAGAAACAAUGCAGGACGCCAAGGGUCUCGUUCCAGAUUAAGAAAUAAGGUUGCCCAUCACCUCCCACCAUCCCCUCUCUUGACCCCACCCACACUUCUUCUUGCUCUCUCGGAUGUCCAGGUGGGCGGCAGGUGCAAAUGUAAUGGCCAUGCAUCUCGAUGUCGUCGUGAUGACCAAGGCCAUGCAGUAUGUCAAUGCGAACAUCACACAGCUGGACCAGACUGCGAUGUCUGUGAGCCGUUUUAUUAUGAUCGCCCUUGGCAACGAGCCACACCCACCCAGCCACACCCGUGCGUCCCAUGUCAAUGUAAUGGCCACUCCAAUAAGUGCAGGUUCAGUAUGACCGUGUUCCAGCAAUCUGGCCGGGUCAGUGGAGGGGUGUGUUUGAAGUGCAGACACCACACAACUGGACGUCAUUGUCAGUUGUGUCAGAAUGGAUACACCCGUGACCACAGCAAGUCCUUCAAUCAUCGCAAAGCUUGCCAACGUCAGUCGUGUCAGUGCCAUCCUCUCGGCGCGGUGGGCCGCUGGUGUAAUCAGUCCACAGGCCAGUGUCUUUGCAGGGAGGGAGUUACAGGACAAAGAUGUAACCGCUGUGCUCCAGGUUAUAAACAUGGCCGCUCGCACCUCCGGCCCUGCAUUCGCAUCCCAGAAGCUGCUCUACCAACCCCGGUUUACCAGCCCCAAUAUAGCAUAGCUGAAGAGUGCCUCUCUUAUUGUCAGCCUUCUCAAGCCAAAGUCAAAAUGAAUUUAGAGACAUUCUGCCUUAAAGACUAUGUGCUAAAGGUUCAGGUUAGGGGUAAGGAGCGCUCUGGUCCCUGGUGGCAGUUCUCCGUGUGGGUGCAGUCUGUUUUCCGUGUUGGAGUCUCUAAAGUUAAAAGAGGUCUCCAGACUCUCUGGGUUCCUGAUCGUGAUGUCAGCUGCGGUUGCCCCAGCAUCCAUGUGGGCAGGACCUUCCUUUUGAUUGGUGCGGAGGAAAACAGGAGGGGCUGGGCCCCAGAAGAGAGGCGACUUGUUGCUGAUCGCUCCACCAUGGCCCUACAGUGGCGAGAACACUGGAAUCCCAAACUAAGGGGAUUUCGUGGCCAGGACAAUAGGGGGAAAUGCCUUCCACACACAAACUCCACAACACGGACACACUCUUCCCUACACACACAUGAGAAAUACAUCCCUCCACAUCUUGCAGAAGCUGAGAGGCUACAAAUUCAUCAUCAACUGUCUGGAAUGCCUGAAGAAACUGUUCACACACACUCACACAUCAAUCCUCCCAACACACAUGAAGAUCGCACAGAUACCCAGGACGUACAAAGACAGCUUGGUCUCGACAGAGACAAAUUUGAGAAUGAAGAUACCCAGAAUUUUUUGCAGGAAACACAAUGCCCUCCAACUGACGUGCCAGAAAAAAAUAGCCCAUCUAAUGAGCCUCAGCAGGUCCACACAACAGGUCUGCCUACAUCACCAACAGUGCUUUCUGUAACACAUGGACGAAAAGAAGAAAGCUCAACCGAAACAGAAAGUACACAUUAAAUAACUGUGAUGGAAUGAGUUAUGCAGUGCACAAAGAAAUGCCAUGCUGUCAGUUUGGUUCUCCAGUAGAAAGAGCAACUAGGACUGACAUUUGCCUGUGUUUUAAAGCAAAAGGAUUUGGUGUGAUAUGUGAUUUUAUAUGAAAGUGCUGCUGAAUUCUUGAACAUGCUUUGUCAGAAAGUGUUCAUUCAUCUUCUAUAACAGCAGUUCUGACAACAGUGCCAUCCGUAUUUCAAACCACAGGUUUAUAUUAAUGUGCUUAUUCUAAAACAUUGUCGUUUCAUAGCACAGGGAGUUGUACAGUUGACGUUUCACAUACUCUAGACGAAAUAAAAAGUGCUGUUAUUUAACAAAGAAAAA